CAAAAAAACACAUCUCUUUACGUUGCUGCUUUUUUAGGCUACAACAAAGAGGGUCUCACCUCUAAACAGCCAAAGGGUUUGACCCAAUUAAGACCUUCUUUCGUUUUUAUUUAGAAAAAAAAAAUACUUUAACUAGUUAAAUUAUCAUAAAUCUUUAAAUGGGAGGAACAAAGCUGGUAUAUUUGUCUCUGUUACUAUUUUCCACAUUUUUGGUAAUAAAUGGUCACAUUGGUGAGUUUGAUGAGGUGUGGAGGAGGAGAGCCCAGGAAGCAGAUGAAUGGGCCAUAAAGGCUUACAAGCCCGACCCCAUCAAUGUCACCCUUGCAUUUGCUAAGGAAACUGGACAGGCCUUAAAGGAAAUAAAGGAAGCGAAGCUGGCAGUAAAUGGAACAAGGAGGGAAUUAAAAGGAGGCGGCAAAAAAUACGAUGGGCCUUGCUCAGUUACCAACCCAAUUGAUAGGUGCUGGAGAUGCCAACCUGAUUGGGCCGACAAUCGCAAAAGGUUAGCUGAUUGUGCAAUGGGCUUUGCAAAAGGGACUACCGGAGGAAAAGCCGGCGAAAUCUACGUCGUCACGGAUUCUUCCGACGACACUAGCGACCCUAAGCCGGGAACCCUCCGAUAUGGUGUCAUUCAAAAGGAGCCAUUAUGGAUCAUAUUUGCUAAAAGUAUGACCAUUAGGCUACACCAGGAACUCAUAGUGCAAAGUGAUAAGACCAUUGACGGCCGUGGAGUUAAUGUUCACAUUGCUAAUGGAGCAGGUUUCAUGCUCCAGUACGUGAAGAACGUGAUCAUCCACGGUCUCCGCAUUCAUGAUAUUGUGGUGGGCAGUGGUGGGAUGAUCAGAGAUGCAAUGGACCACGUUGGACAACGGACACAGAGUGACGGAGAUGGUAUUUCUAUAUUUGGUUCAUCGAAUAUAUGGGUGGAUCAUGUCUCCAUGUGGAGUUGUUAUGAUGGGCUUGUUGAUGCUAUUGAGGGAUCCACUGCUGUUACCAUAUCGAAUAGUCAUUUCACUGAUCAUAAUGAGGUGAUGCUUUUUGGUGCGAGUGACAGUUCUUCAAUUGAUCAAAGGAUGCAAAUUACCGUGGCUUAUAAUCAUUUUGGGAAGAGAUUGAUACAGAGAAUGCCAAGGUGCAGAUGGGGUUUUAUUCAUGUGGUUAACAAUGACUACACACAUUGGAAUAUGUAUGCUAUUGGCGGUAGCCAACAUCCCACUAUUAUUAGUCAAGGUAAUCGUUUCAUUGCUCCUCCUGACAUGUUCAAGAAAGAGGUAACAAAGAGGGACUAUUCCCCAGAAUCAGUGUGGAAACAAUGGUCAUGGAGAUCACAAGGUGAUCUAUUCAUGAAUGGAGCAUUCUUUGUUGAAUCUGGAGAUCCAGAUUGGACCCAGAAACACAUACAGCUUUUUGAUGGGGUUGUAUCAGCCUCAGGGGAUCAAGUCACUUGGAUUACAAGAUUUUCAGGGGCACUAAAUUGCAAGCCAGGAGAAGCUUGUUAGACCAUCAUUGUUCUAUAAAUGUUAUCACCAAACCAAACUCUCUCAUCAGUCCUUAAACUAACUUUGUAUGCAUUUAUUGUAUCGAAAUUCUCUGUAAUUUUGAACUGUUAAAUGACGAAAUUGAAAAGAUGCAAAUUCACACCAAGCUAUACAACUU